AUGUUACCAAGAAUUGCACGAUCAGUUCCUGCUAGAAGACUGGCUGCCACCAAAAUCCUGGCUAGACCCGCAAUUAGACUCCAGAACCGCUCUGCUUCUACACAACCUGAACAAAAUGGCGAGUACCCUGAUGUUCCCUUUGAGUGGAUGCAACACCGCGACAAAUACCUCAAGUACGAUGACCAACAAGCGCGCCGUAAUUUCAAUGAACCCGUUUCUCGUGAAUUUGAUUAUGGUGAUGUUUGGUCUCCUGAUCGUUUUGAUCAAUAUUCAAAUAAAACUGCAAUCAUUGGAAAUGUCAUUUUCUUUUCUGCAGUUGCUGCUUUUGCUGGCUUUUGCUAUGUCUAUCUUUACCCUGAACCUAUUGCUACACGACGCUCGUACCCCUAUGGAGGUCUGUACAAGGCCCUGGGUGCCUCGGAGGAGGACAAGGAAGUUUACCAGGCCCGUGUUGAUGAGGGUAACUAA